GGCUUUAACACCUGCACCGCGGAGGACGCAGCACUUUUCAUGUUAAUGAGCCGUUCCCUCUCCACUCCCACACCUUUUGCCGCUCCCCGACCACUCGGAGCACACGCAUCCCGCCCACGGAUACCUCCACAGGGGCUUCCGAGCGGUUACAGCACCGGUCAUGAUCUGGAGGCGCAUCGUGGCUUUCUGCGUUCUGCUCCAUUUCGGGGCCGAAGCGCGCACUCGCCCGCGGAGGGGCGCCGCUACCUCCGCGGGUGCCUCGAGGGCUCCCAGGGGUCCUGCCUUCGAGUCGUGCCGAGUCAGCCUGACCCCAGCCGAGCAUCGAGUUCUGGACGACAACACACACGAGACAGGCUUUAAUGGCGACGACGGCUCCUAUGUGAUUCUCACGUGGGUCGGUGAUGGUACUGGGGUCAUUUUGGUGUUGUCCACAAUCAGCGCUCCCAUAGACACGUUCCUCGAGGGUGGCUCCUCGCGUCUUUACCGAAGUACGGAUUACGGCAAGUCCUUCCACGACAUCUCGCAGAACAUCAACCAUACGUUCAUCAAAGAGGAGUUUGGAGUCAGCGUUGGACCAGGAAGUUCUGUGAUAUUAACCGCUGACACACCCGUGGUGGACCAUCCGGGCGGCAUCAUUUUCACCUCAACAGAUGCCGGUGCCACCUUUCGCUUCAUUCAGCUCCCCUUCCACCUGGCUCAGCCUAUCACCUACCACUUCCUCAAUCCUGACUUGUUGGUGGCGCUUAGCAUCGACGGUGCUCUGUGGCUCUCGCUGGACUUUGGCGCCGCGUGGAAUAAAGUGCAUGAUGGAGUGCAUUCUUUCUCAUGGGGAGCUGGCAUCAAUUUGUUCUUCAGUUCCAGCAAAGCAGACACAAUGGAUGCAGAAGAGAGAGGCGAUCUGCAGCUGAAGAGGACCAAAGACCUCGGGAAGAUAUUCACCGUCAUCCACGAAGAUGUCUACAGUUUUGGCUACAUUGGAGCUUUUCUCUUCUUCUCGGUCAUGGAAGAUACGCGAUCUCCAAGGGUCAUGUAUUUCUCAUCCGACCAAGGAGACACCUUCAGUCGAGCGCUACUCCCAUCGGCAUCCACAGAACAGUUUUACUCUAUCUUGGACGGAGACGAGGACAUGCUCUUUAUGCAUGUGGACAAUCCGGGAGACACCUACUUUGGGACCAUGUACACAUCAGAUGACCGUGGCAUCCUUUUCUCCAAAUCCCUUGAGCGCCACUUGUUCGACGGGCAACGAAAAAGCGAUUUCCGAAACAUCACAUCACUCCGCGGCGUGUACCUCACCAACAAACUGGACAAAGAUGGACGAAUCAGAUCUGUCAUUUCAUUCAAUCGGGGAGAAACGUGGCAUCGGAUUUCCAAACCGUUGAAUGUGGAAUGUGGCGAGGAAGUGAAGAAUUGCAACCUUCAUAUUCACGGAGAACAUAGUCGCAUUAAUCACAUCGUUCCAAUGCUUCUCAUGUCCGACCCCACUGCUGUCGGCCUGGUCAUCGCACAUGGUUCCGUGGGUGACUGCCUGUCAUCAUGGCAGUAUCCAGAUGUGUUUGUCUCGUCUGAUGGGGGUUACAACUGGAGGGGCACGCUGAGGGGUCCCCACCAUUACAGUAUACUGGAUUCUGGCGGUCUCAUUGUAGCUGUGGAGGCCCGACGUGAUGGAAAAGUCAAGACGAUCAAGUUCUCGACAGACGAAGGCCAAUGCUGGAAGUCGUACAACUUCACUGAGCAGCCCCUCUUCUUCGCUGGCCUGGCUUCUGAGCCAGGCACCAAGGCCAUGAGCGUCAGCGUAUGGGGCUUCCGUCCCGAGGAUGAUAACCAGCCCAUGUGGGUGGCGAUUACCAUCGACUUCCAGAGCCUCAUCACAAGAGAGUGUGAUGAUCAAGAUUAUGAGGAGUGGUUGGCGCACUCAACAAUGGGAGGUGCUUUGGAGAGGGAUGGCUGCAUCUUGGGUGUCAAGGAAAUAUACCGGAGACGGAAGAAACAAGCCGUGUGUCGGAACGGUCGCGGCUAUGUCACGAUAAAGAAGGAAAGUCCCUGUCUGUGCACCAAAGAAGAUUUUUUGUGUGACUACGGCUAUCAGCAUCACGAGAACACAUCAGAGUGUGUACGACAGCCCGACCUGCACAACAAAACCUUGGAAAUGUGCUUGAAUGGAGAAGAGGAUGAGCUCCUGACGACGGGCUAUCGCAAGGUCCCGAGUGACCGCUGUGAGGGGGGAUUUUCUUCUCAGUUAGCGGUCCAGACUGUCAUCAGACCUUGCGGUGUCAAACCCAAUCUUGAUUCAGCUGCCCCACAUCCCACUGCACCAGUGACACACUUUGAUACACCGCAAGAGAGGAUGGUGCUGAUAUUGGUGUGCGCUGGCGCAGGCAUCAUCGUCCUAGCCGCUAUCGUUUCUGCUCUGGUUGCCAUCAGGAGAGGAGUUUAUCAGUACAGGGCACCAGAGUAUCGCUUCUCCAACCUCCAGAUUCAAGAUGAUCGUAAUGCAGCCACAUGGGACCUUGAAAGUGCCAACAGCAGCAAUGGAACGGCCUGUCCUCGGGAUUCAGAUAAUCAAAAUCUUCUGCAAUGAAACCCAUUUUGGACUGACACUAAGUGGAUUUAAAGAGCUGUGACAAAAUGAAAUAACUUUAUUUAUUGACAUUCAUUUGCUUGAUAUGCUUCGCUCCAGCCUUGAUUUGUACAUGUUUCAUUUGAAUAUCAUUACAUGUGGAUGCUACUCUUGUUUUAUAAUGUUUUUUAUUAUUAUUAAAUUAAUAAUGCACAAUAUAAGUUAUAUAAAGAAAAACGGGCGGUU